AAAGGAGGCUGCCAGUGACAAGCUGGUGAGUGUGCUGUAUCCUCCUGGUGUUUUUUGGAGCCCAGAGAUCUGUCUCCAUCUCCAACAUGCUGCUGUCGCUGCACUGGUUCUGGCUGGUCCUUUGGCUAUCUCUGAGAGCAGUGGAGGCCCAGUUUCCACGUCCCUGUACCACACCAGAGGCUCUGCAGGCCCGGACGUGUUGCCCCCUCUGGAAUGGCUCUCCUUGUGGGUUCAGCUCAGGUAGAGGAGUAUGUGCACCACAUCCUGCAAGAGACCUUCCAAAACCAGUGGACUACAGGGUGAGCUGGCCUCGUGCCUUUUAUGAUUCAGUGUGUACGUGCUGGGGAAACUAUGAUGGAUUCGACUGUGGUCAGUGCCUCCCAGGCUGGAAAGGACCCCAUUGUCAGCAACGGCACCAUGUUGAGAGGAAAGAGAUAACAGAUCUGACUGAUCCUGAGAGAGAGACGUUCCUCUCAAGCCUGCACCUGGCGAAACAGAGCCCCAGCAGCCGAUAUAUGAUCCUUACAAGCAACGACACAACAGUGGAUGGGAACUAUGCAUUUCACAACACAAGUGUGUACAAUCUGUACGUAUGGAUGCACUACUACUCUGCCAAGAGCUACGCUGGUUCUGAAAAUAAUGCUGCACACCGAGGUCCUGCUUUCACCUUCUGGCACCGAGUGUUUCUACUCUUCAUCGAGAGAGAGAUUAGGGAGCUCACUGGGAACCAAGACUUCUACAUCCCAUACUGGGACUGGACCAGAAGCAACCAUUGCAACAUCUGCACCAACAAGUACUUUGGGGGAGUUGGCCGAGAUGGUCGUAUAGACAGUGCUUCUCUUUUCUCAAAAUGGGAGACGAUAUGUCCAUUUCAGGAAAGUCUUGGCAUAAUCUGCAUCCACUCUGAUGCAUCCGAUCCUACACAUCUGAUCCGCAACCCUGGAAGGGAUCCAAUGUACAAAACACUGCCAACCGCCGAGGACGUUGAAGACACAAUGGCAACACCCGUUUUUGACACCCCUCCAUUUGACAUAACAUCUCGGAGAGGCUUCAGGAACAAGCUAGAAGGUUUUGAGAUUCCCAAUGAUUCCCGACACCUGAAUGCCUCUAUGCACAACCUGGUCCACAGAUAUCUCAAUGGCACCAUGUCUCUGGUGCCCACUGCAGCCAAUGACCCAAUAUUUAUGCUACAUCACAGCUUCAUUGACAAGCUUCUUGAGAGGUGGUUGCAGGACCACAGUACAGCAAGCUACCCUGACAGUGACGAGGUCCAUCCAGCCCAGAGAGCGCAGGCCUACAUGGCUCCUUUCUUCCCUCUUCGCACCAACAGCUACUACUGGGGCAGAGACACCUACAGCCUGGGUUACAGCUAUAAGGAACACAGUCUCUAUCGCUCUAGGGCUGGGAACAGCGAAGCAAAACAGGGUGCAGGGUUUCUAGAGGACUCUACAGGCAGCGGGGUCCAGUGGCAGUGGCCUGUUCUGGGUGUAUUCAGUAUUGUAUUGGUCUGUGUGGGUGUUGGAGCUGCUCUGAAAUGCAGAGACAAAAUGCGGAAGCCACAAGACGCUGAGACAGAGGAGAAGCAGACACAGUCUGAUUACAGGUCCAACUCUCUGUAUGCAGUCUGGGUUAAAGAGAGGAACGGGAACACUGACGAAUCACCAGCAGGUGAUGUUGCCUCUUGUGGGUCUCAUCCACAAAAUGCAGCGCCCAGACCUCCAUCAGAGGGGAGAGGAGACAAUAUGCAGUCAGCUGUGGAAGUACAGCUUUAGGUUCAAAUGGAUGAAGAGUGAAUCAGAUAGGAGUACGAACGAAAUAAGCCUGAACAGUGUAUAGGCCACCAACCACUAUAAUAAUAUAUCAGCACAGUAUCAGACUUGCUGGGUACACACUAUGGAGGAAUCAAGCCAGGGAAAUAUGUAUACCAUGCAUCAACGUUCUUUAUAACAUAUUUCCAAUGGAGCUAUUCACAUGAAAUGUACACCUGACAGUGAUAUUAAUUCAAUAAAACUAUACAGUCGCAUUCACUAUACACUGGACACUACACUAUACAGACACAUUCAAUGAGACUAUAAGUGGAACAACACAGGAAAAAAAUAUUGGACACGUCAACUGAAAUGUACUUAAUAACUGUUGGAGAUCAGCUUUCAUAAUGCCUCCUGUAUGGAGAAAUUAAUCUCUCACAGUGUUCACAUUGCAUUUUGGUCAAUACUUUUUCCUGUUAUUCCACUUUAUUGUGCAUAACUUUAAAAUGCAUAGUUAUACUGAGUUCACAAUAAUGUCUGGUGUAAAGUUCAUGUGAAUAGCUGCAUUUCAAAUAUGUUUAAUGAAAUUUUUUUUGAUGUGUUUAAUACUUAUUUCCCCCACUGUAAGGUUUCUUUUACAUCCUGCAUUUUGUCAGAGGUCCUUUCUAUUUCUGGAAUCUGUAAGUGUGUGUUGUGCUGUUUGUUCCAGUGAUUCCCAACUGGUGGGUCACGGGUCCAUUGUGAAUGGACCACAAGUGACUCACAAACAUGUCAAGUUUGUAAAAAAACACACUUAAUUUUAGAGUACAGUGAGUUUCCUGCACAGCGCUUUUAUUUUGAACUGCUGUUUCCUGCUGUGAGUGAUUAAUGGACAGCUACUUGACAGAGGCAGAUAAGUAGCUUCACAACACGGCCAAAAGCAGUUAUGAUGCUGAAUAUUUUAAACUGAGUGGACCUUGAACUUAUGACUAAGGGGAAAUCUUCUGUACCCCGUGGCUGGGCCAGUUGGGAACCACUGAUUUAUGCCAACUUGUUGCUCUCCACACACUAUAGUAACAGAACUGUUACAUUUAUCACUACAUGUCAGCAUGUGAGGUCUCUUUUUCAACAUCUGUUAAUAUUUGAAAACCUAUUGAUUUGUAUUGAUUUUUUUAGUCAACUGUUGAGAAAUGACACUCAUUUGCCAGUUUAUAAGAUGUAGCUUUAAGUGAUUCAGUCUAAUACAAGAGUCCUGUAAUAAAUCAUCACUUCAUGAAAA